AUGGACUUAACUACCGAGGAGGAGGACCUUUUGUUCAAACCUCCUAGUGACGGCGUCGAAGUCAAAGUCAGGAUCGAGCUUGUCUUGAUGGACAUGCAGAAACGCGAGAAGCGGCCUGAGUGGUUGGAGAAGACGCGUCACUUCUUCCACGGCUUUUGCAAGGUUGUCGACAGGACAUCUGCGCUGGUUCAACCGAUGCUACCGCAGAGUCCUGAGUACACUGUCACCUUCGGACUGCUUAUUCUUUUGUUUCGCGCGGUUGCAACCAAGAAUGACAGGGAGGAGGCUUUGAUGGAGCACCUAGACAAACUGGCCGCCAAGCUCCCAGUCGUUGACUUCUACAACAACACGUUUCCUACUGCCAAGAUGAAGCUCACCGUUUCCAAGUUGUAUGCUGAAGUCAUGAGCUUCUUUGAUAAUGCUCUGAGUUAUUAUCACGGCGGACGUCUAGCGAAGCUCGCCGAUGCAUUGUUUCGCACGAAGCCCAAGUUUGAAGAGUCCAUUGCCAUGAUCGAGAAGGAGGUCAACAAAAUGCUUGACCUAAAGAAUGUCGCCCACGAAGCGCAGACAGCAGACAUCCAGGUGAUUGUCACCAAGAUGGAACAAGAUGUUGCCACGCUACUGCAGGACGGGGCACAGAAAUCUCAGGCCAAAGAGAUCCAGGAAGUCCUUAGCCGUACUGGAAAGGAUCUCGUCCGGCUCCAAGAAAGUAUGCACUACAUUGGUACUGCUGCCAGCUUCGGCCUAGAGACUCUACACCAGCGGAUUUUGAAGUUCGACUCGACAAUGACCCAGGUGCAAAUGCACAGCAUGAUCACUCAUGCGCAAAGCUUGCAAGAUGUGGUCAUAACUUCAGGCCCCGGUGCAUACUGGGACGCUGGUGAGGCUCUUGCCAGACUCUCGGCCCGGGGCUUCCGUCUAUCCCAAAAAGAUCGCUGGGAGAACAAUGGCAUUCUCGACGAACUUCUGGAAUGGUCCAGCGCACCAACCUCGAUAUUGUGGAUCGGCGGCUCCUGCGGGAACCAGGAAAGCUGGGUCACGGAUUUGUCCCUCGACAUUGCCCAUACCCUGCUGUCCCACCGGGUAAACGUAGUCUACAUAUUCUGUUCUGAUGUCCUGGAGAAUUCUCAAACUCUUACGCCAAAGCGACUAGUGCAGAUACUGGCUUGCCAGCUUCUCGAGAUGCAUCCCGAAAUCCCGUAUGAGAAUGCUUCGUACUUCAGCCUGACACGACUCAGAAACACAAGGACGUUCUCAGGCAUCUGGCAGAUAUUCGAGCGCUUGGUCAUGGGCCUGGGCGAGGUAUUCAUCCUUAUUGACAAAAUCGAAUCUUGCGUUGUGGACGAUACUGCUGACUUGAGGAACGAUUUGAUCCCGUCCAUGUUACGACUGGCAGAGAAGGCUCCCGGUGUAAGAGGGAUUGUUACCAGUGUGUAUGAAGCACCUGAGUACGAUGGGAUGGAACAGGUUUAUAUCGAUACAGCGCGCCGCCCAGCGAUUGCCAAAGCAUAG